UACAAUUAUCAAUUCCUUUUACUUCGUACAAAACCCCCUUCUUCAUGGCAAAAUUCCCAAAUCGGCUGCAAAAUUCUCACCGGACCGACUGAGCUAAUCAGGGCAACUUUUACAAAUUCUCAAAUGGUGCAUCGGCACUUCUCCACUGAAAAUUUAAUCCACCCCACAGUGAAACAGCAAUGCGCUUCUGUGGCAUCCCACUGAAUACUCCCCUCUUCAGCAUCGAGGGAUCUCUCUUCUUCUUUCCACAGCGUUCAGCGAAGGCAAGAGCCAUGGAGACCAAACGCUUAUCCUGUGCUUCUCUAUCCCUUCUCCCGACAGGAACCCACAGGGAGAGCGGUAGAGAGGGUUCAAUUAGCCUCGAGGAAUGGCAGGGUUGGGGCAGCACCUCCACCGUACCCGCUAUGGUUAUUGAGGUCAUUGAAGACUUGAAGCUGCUCGAGAGAACCGCUGAUGCCGACAUGGUCUUUGGAGGCAAACAUGGAAAGCUUCAGGGGGACUUCAAGGUGCAUGAGGAUAAGAAACAUAGAGCAAAAUACAAGUCCUUGAAUGAUUCUGAAAAGAAGCUUCAGUUCUUUUCAGCUCGACAAAUUGCAUGCCGCUUGCUUGGAAGUAGGCAUUACCUUUGCCAGAAGUGUUGGCUUGCCAAGGAAGAUUGUAUGUGUUCAAGGCUCGUACCAUUUCAUCCUUGGCACCGUAUACGGUUUUGGUUGUAUAUGCAUCCUAAGGAUUUCUUGCGCCAAAAUAACACAGGAAAGCUGUUAUGGCAAGUUUUUGGUGUUCAUGCUGCUAAUUUGUGCUUAUUUGGCAUUUCCGAAAAUGAGGAAAUGCUGUGGAAUGCGUUAAAACUGGCAGGGAAAGACAAGGUUUGGUGUCUCUUUCCUAAUAAGAAUGCUGCAACAAAAUCUGUUACAGACAGCCUUUUCCAGAAUCCUUUGGAUGAUUUCUUAUUCUGGGUAACAUUAUGGGUAACAUUUUGUUACCCUAGCAGGAUUUUGUGUUAGCCUUACAAUUCCACAGUCUAAUUUCCCUGUUUGCAUUAUCUCUUUAUAUUUGAGCAAAUUUAGUUUCUGAUCUUGGUGUUUCCUCUUUGAUUUGAUAUCAAGCUGAUGCAUGCCUGCUUUUUCCGUUAAUUAUGUCAGCUCUGAGUUGUUGAUCCAAGUUUUUAACUUUAAAAAAUAUUAAGCAGAGGAAAAGGUUGACAAAGCCAACCAACCUUCAUUAUUUCCUUAUUGGAUAUUUUAUGCUACCAGGGAAAGACAAGGUUUGGUGUCUCUUUCCUAAUAAGAAUGCUGCAACAAAAUCUGUUAAAGACAGCUUUUUCCAGAAUCCUUUGGAUGAUCUAGAUUGCAAAACAAAAAUGGCAAAUUUUGAUGACGUCUUUCACUUUGUUCUACUUGAUGGCACCUGGAGCAAUUCUACUGCUAUGUUCAGCCGGUUAAAGGAACGGGCCAAGUCAAUUUGGGGUGAGGGAGAGGAGUUGCCUUGUAUCUCACUGAACACAGGGGUAUCCUUGAUGCAUAGACUACGACCCCAACCAUCUUGGGACCGAACAUGUACAGCAGCUGCAGCAAUUGGCCUCCUGCACGAGCUUCAUCUUGUUCCUGCUUUCGAUUCCUAUGAGCUAGACAAGCAUGCUGAUGCAAUCGAAGAUGCUUUGGAGGUUCUCUUAGAUGCGCUGACCAAACGACGCCUUCGGAUGGGAAGAACCAUCACCCGUAAAGGUAGACAUGGGAGCAAAAUAAUUUAGCCGAGAAUUUAUGUCGUGCUGCUGACAUCACAUCUGACCAGCAUAGUGGAAUUUGCCCAGUAAUUUUAACAGUUCAGUAGUUAUAUAUUUUAUUUAAAAAAAACCUAUGUGAUGUGUAACACUGUAACUUUAGUUGUCGACUCAUGGGUACUGGACAAAAAAACAUCCUUCGUCUUGAAGGCAAACCCAUUUGCCAAAUCCAAUCUUUGUCUAGCUUUGACUUUGUUAGUUUUCUAUUUUGUUUUCUUGUUCCCAUGUUUAAGGACUCAUCAUUACCAUUACCCCAAUGCCGCAAGGCUCCCACUUACGGUGGAGUAAGAAGGGUCAGAUGAACGCAGUCUUAUCCAUGUACUAAAGCACAUAUAAACUAUUUCCGGAUGAUCCAUAGUGAAAAUCACGUCGAAAAUUGCAUGGAC